AUGGCCGCGAAGUCGGAUGGAGCGGCGGCCGCGGCCGGCCCGGGGCCGGAGGGGGCGGCCGGAGGAGCCCGGAGUGGUGCGGGCGGGCGCGGGGAGACGGCGGCGGCGGCGGCCGAGGGCCCCGGAGUGACCGGGGCUGGGGGCUCGGGGCCGCGCUACGAGCUGCGGGACUGCUUCUGGGUGCUGUGCGCGCUGCUCGUGUUCUUCUCCGACGGCGCCACGGACCUGUGGCUGGCGGCCUCCUACUACCUGCAGGGUCAGCGCACCUACUUCGGCCUCACGUUGCUCUUCGUGCUCCUGCCCUCGCUGGUUGUGCAGCUGCUCAGCUUCCGCUGGUUCGUCUACGACAACUCAGAGCCCGCGGGCGCCCCGGGACCCGCCGUCAGCACCAAGGACAGCGGCACCUGCGGGCCUUCCAUCAGCACCAAGGACAGCGCCGCCACCUUCCGGACCAAAGAAGGCAGCCCCCAGCUGGGUCCCGGGCCCGCGCCCUCCUCGGCCAGCGCCUACCGCCGCCGCUGCUGCCGCCUCUGCGUCUGGCUGCUGCAAACCCUCGUCCACGUCCUGCAGCUCGGCCAGGUCUGGAGCUGGGAGCGGCGCCACCCGGGCUCCAACCCGCUCGACCCGCAGGACCCCAGCCCCGACGCCUACUGCAACCUUGUCAUCCUGGCUGUGGCCAACAGGGAUGCUGCCGAGGAGUCCUGUGCCCUCAUCUGUCAGGUCUUCCAGAUCAUCUACGGGGACCAGAGCAUUGAGUGCGUGGACCGGGCUGGCUACCACUACACGUCCACGCCCGAGCGGCCGUGGCUCUGCAGUCGCAGUGAGAGCUGCCGCACGGAUGGGACUUACGCCUAUGACGCCGACUUCAGCUGCUGCAGCUCCUUCAAUGGCUCCCAGGAUACAUUUGAAGCGUGUUAUAGUGGUACGUCCACACCCUCUUUCCACGGCUCCCACUGCAGCGGCAGUGACCACAGCGGCCUGGGCCUCGAGCAGUUGCAAGAUUACAUGGUCACGUUGCGGAGUAAACUGGGGCCCCCUGAGAUCCAGCAGUUUGCGGUGCUCCUGAGGGAGUACCGGCUGGGGCUGCCCAUCCAGGACUACUGCGCAGGCCUGCUGAAGCUCUACGGAGACCGGCGCAAGUUCCUCCUCCUUGGGAUGCGGCCCUUCAUCCCGGACCAGGACAUCGGCUACUUCGAGGGCUUCCUGGAGGGGGUGGGCAUCCGCGAGGGUGGCAUCCUCACCGACAGCUUCGGGCGCAUCAAGCGCAGCAUGAGCUCCACGUCGGCGUCGGCGGUGCGCAGCUACGACGGCGCGGCCCAGCGGCCCGAGGCGCAGGCCUUCCACCGGCUGCUGGCCGACAUCACGCACGACAUCGAGGCACUGGCCCCCGACGACGAGAGCACGGACGAGGAGGCCCGGGACUCCCCUGGCGGGGGCGACGCAUCUGAGGACAACUACCUGUAGCCGCAGCCCAUGCGGUCGGUGGGGACACACCUGCACUCCCGCCUGUGGGAUCCCGGGCCCUGGGACGCCCCUCGCACCGGACGCGGGCCUCCACUCCCCGGGGUGUCCGUCCCUACCCUCGGGGCUCCAGUCCCUGCAAUACCGAGAAUGUCCUGCAGGAGGCGGGACCCUAAAGUCCUGGGCAGUCGCCUGGGGUUCAGCAGGCCCUUCGGCCAGACCCGGUUGGGCAGCGCCCUGCUUGGUCCCACUAACCCCAGGCGCGGCCCCAGGACAACUCGUCUUUCCCGCGACUCCCGCAGCUUUCUGGAGGCCAAGGGAGGGAUGACGGGUGGGCUCCACCUGCUGGCGGACUGAGAAAAGAAUGCCCAGAGCCCACAGACCGCAGUUCCUCCUGUUUUACACUUUGAGAAACUGAGGUUCAAAGAAGGGGAAGAAACUUGAGGGAAUCUCCUAUUUCUCCUUAGAUAUUACUUCAAACUAACCAUACUAAAUAGCGUCGAGGGUCUUUUUAGGGCUCUAAAUGGCAGGGUCGCCCCUCCACUGAUGGCAGAAAUUGGAUCAUCAGUGUGAAAUAGAGGUUUUUCUCUACUGGCACUUAAGUCAGAAAUAGGUGAUCGGGGUCCCAGUCCUGGCCCUAAGACUCUGAACAAGUUGCUUGUUCAGGUCUUGGAUUUGGAGCCAGACAGACCUAGGGCUCCUGUCCCGUUAGUGUUCUCACCUCUUGGUGAUUUCCAUUCCCUAAUCUGUUGAUGAGGUGCUCCCCUCCCACUUCACAGGGUGGUUCCGGGUACUAACAAAAGUCAAGACCUUAGUGCUGGGUCCAGCACAUGAUAGGCACCCAAUAAAAGCUGUUCCCUUCCACAUCUAACACUUUCAGAUUUGGUCUGCCUGUCUUGCCUGGGAGCAGUGGGGUGGGCACUGAGGUGGGGGGUGGGCUGUAAGAAGACCCUUGGGGAAGUUUGUGAAGAGGAAAUAGGACUUGCUCCUCACGGCUCUAUGACACCCUGGCUCUGGGUUCAAGCCCCAAAUGAAAAGUCCCCAAGACUUCACAGGCUGCCAUCAUGGGAGUCCGUGGUCUUUGAAGAAACCUGAUGGCAGGGUUGGAGAGGUAGAGAAGUCAGCAUAAGGACAACAUUCAACACGGCCUGAGUAAAGGCUUGGAGGCUAAAAGGGAUGAGUCCUGAGAGAAUGUCAGAGACUCACACAGAAUUGCUAAAAUUCAUUGGCAAAACUUUACAGAGCCUUCCAUGUUGAGACCGUGAGGUAGGUACAAUUAUCACCAAUUUUAAAGUAACAUUAUUAGGCCUUCAGGUCCAGAGUUCCAUGAUUUAUACCCAGUUUGUAGCAAAUGGCCAUCCCAUUGUAAUUAGUCCUUUAAGGCCCUCUGAUGUUUUCUUUGGUUUAUUUCCCCCUUCUAGCCACACAUUCCCCACACUCCUUCCCCUCCCCACUGUGCGCACCCACCCUACGUGUUGAUAUAUGGCCCUGAACAUAAAAUACACAGUGCUUUGUGUGUGUAUUUACCCUA